CUGUGGUAUGCGAGCUAAACCAACUUAUUUCACACGCAAACAUCACGAAUCUUCAACGGUUUCCAUUACGUUCCAAUGCCUCAUGUGCUGUCUCUCCGCCAGAUUCAGGCUUGAUUUCCCAGGGAGAUCUUGGUGAUUAAGUGGCCACCUCAAAGCAGGUCGCUCGGUGCGGCUCUGAGCUACGUCAGCAGGAUGCGGUCCCGGCAGAUGAUCGUUCUUGCCGUUGUGGUGUUCUUGGUAAUUUGCACAUUCUCAUUCUACCGCACAUCCUCUCCGGGCCGAGUAUGGGAACCAGCGCAGAAAGGACCAAAAACUAGCGGCCCCUCAAAUACCAAGGCGAAAUCGAAGCCCCCCGACCAUAAACCAAAGCCUGCGCCUCGUGGCUCUCACCCGAUAUGGCAUCUCAUCAAUCGUGCCGAGCGCGAUCUGGAGGCAGUGAAGGCAAAACAAUCAAAGACUCUCGGGGAGGCGGUUGCCGAAUACCGCCGUCGCUACAACAUACCUCCGCCGCCUAACUUCGAUAAAUGGUUUGCCUUUGCCAAGGCCAAGAACGUCCAGCUCAUCGACGAGUUCGACACGAUUUCCGACCUCAUUACCCCCUUCUGGGGCCUCAAGCCGAAGACCAUCCGAGCGCGAGCUAAGGAAGCUCUGGGUUUCGAUAAUAAGUUGAUGGGAGUGCAGAUCAGGAAGGGGAAGGUGUCCAAUAUUGAAGGUGCGAGGGACUGGCAGCAGAAUGCGACACAGGGCAUGAUGAAGCAAUUCAUUGAACAUCUUCCCAAUAUGGACUUGGCCUUCAAUAUCCACGACGAGCCUCGGGUCAUAGUACCUCACGACGACAUGGUCCGGUUGGUCGAUAUUGCCAAGAAUGUGAAUAUGGCGGCCGCAAACUCGGUGUCUUCGCCACGGAAUUCUUUCACCGAGAAGCCCGAGGGUCUAAACGAGGGGUCUCGGUUCGAAGAUGCAAAAACGACGAGGUUCAAUGUCUUUGCCCAUCAGCCAACCUGGACGCACUCGCGCAUGUCCUGCCCGCCUGACAGCCCUGCUCGAACCCUAGACGAGGACGAGCGUGUGGACGAUGUCGGCAAGUUCGCAUCUGGAGAGCUGGGCUUCAUAUACAACGAGACGGCCUUGUCGGACAUCUGUCUGAGCCCUUCUCUGAGCGAGAGAUACGGGUUUUUCGACCGGCCCAAUGCUUAUAACAUUGUACAUGACCUCUUCCCCAUCUUCUCGCAGUCCAAGGUCUCUUCGUACGCCGACAUCAUCUACCCGUCCCCUUGGUACUGGAACGAGAAAGUUGCGUACGAUGAGAAGCAGGACGUGGAAUGGGCCGAGAAGGAAGAUCGACUGUAUUGGCGAGGGUCCACAACUGGCGGCUACAGCCACGAUGGGGGCUGGAGACGCCAGCACCGACAACGGUUCGUGCAGAAGCUCAACGCAGCCGACCAGGCCAAGAUCCUGGUCAACCGUGGCAGCGACAGCCGCCAGGAUUGGCAAGUCCAGGAUGUGCCACGCGGCGACUACAAGGGCAUCAUGGAUGUCUAUUUCUCCCACGUCGGCCAGUGUCAGGAAGCCGACUGCAAGGCGCAGAUGGAAUUCUUCGACAUCAAGGAGCGUGCCGAGCAGCAAGAUGCUUGGAAGUACAAGUAUCUGCUCGACAUGGACGGCAAUGCCUUUUCUGGCCGCUUUUACGCAUUUCUGAAGAGCAAAAGCUUGGUGUACAAGUUUGCCGUGUUCCGCGAAUGGCACUUCGAGUGGCUCAAGCCGUGGGCCCACUAUAUCCCUCUCAGCCUCCAGGGGGACGAGUGGCUAGAAGCUGUUCGUUUCUUUGGCGAUGGGGACCUGGGAAAGAGGGAGGCCGAGAGGCUUGCCCUGCAAGGCAGAGACUGGGCAAACAAGGUGCUGAGGAACGAGGACUUGGAGGUUUGGUUCUUCCGCCUAUUACUAGAAUACGGCAGGGUUAUUGAUGACGACCGAGAGAAGAUUGGUUUCACCGUAUAGAGAGAACGAAACGGCUGAGAGCUCUGUAUUCAGAGCUCUGUCAUGAAAUUGCUCGGAAAGAAGCAAUGGAGUUUAUAGGUCAUCGAAGGGCGGUGAUUCGACUAAUUUAUAGGUACCUACGGUAGGAUACAUCUGGGAUAGCGUUUCUUGUUUUGCGAAAAGCCUUUCAGGGCAUUCGUGUUUGUAUCAAUAGCUAUUUUGUAUUUGUACGUCAAUUGUCACUGGUAGUGGCAGCCUGAUCCAGAGAAUAUAAGUUAAAUGCUC